UGCGUACAGGUACGCCGCUGCAUCUCUUGCUCGUCGUCGAUUCAUCCCUGGUACUGGCACUACCACACACUAAGCUUUACUUUCGCUUCAAUCGACCAUCUUUCCGACAAUCAUGGCUGGCACCGCACCAUCUCGAAUCGUAACGGAACGGCGGUACCGGUUGACCAGCACGUUCACGUUCACUACUGGAUCCACCAAGGAGCCUCCCAAGCUCUGCAGCGUCGCUCGAACCGCCAACAAAGUGUACAGAGGCCGCGCGUUUGAAUUCUUGGACGCGUGCAAGAUCAAGCGCAAGCCCGUGAUUAAACUGGUGUUGUGCGGACCCCAUCGAACCGUCCUCCGGUGUGUGUGGGAAGGAACGCAGGCGGUCCUCAACAAGCUACAAGAACACCUCGGCAAGGUUGUGCAAUCCAAGGAGUAUCACGCCGCCAAGAGAGCCUUCAACGUAGAGAUUGGAUUUGACCCCAUGGAAUCCUUUCUCGUAACUGUGGUCGUGGAGCCCGUCGCCGUGAAACAACCGGGAGUGGCGGUUCGCAAACGGUCGUCUUCGCCAUCACUCAGCGAGCCUCUGCAAGCCAAGCGCCACCGAAGCAGCUCUUCCGAGGAGGGAGACAGUGUGGUUCCUGAGGGACGCCCAGAAUCCGACAAUGUCGCUGCCGCAGGCAAGUUCACCACCUCUCCUACACCACCUCCUCUCGACAAAGAGACGGAGCGGAGCCUCUUUGGUUCUUCCCCUCAGGCUAUCCUCGGACCCCAACUUAUCCCGGAGUCCAACGCGGAGCACUCGCGUGCUAUACCUCCGACUGCUCCUGUUGCUGCUGCAAGGCGAACUCCUCUCUUUCUUGAAGACCCCUCAGAAAGUGAAGACGAGAAGGAGAACCAACCCAUCGGCAGUUCUGGUAGCGCGUCCUCGCCUGGCAAACGUGGACGCAGUACGACUGGUAGCCUCAUCAACACCGACGUGUCUUCGCGCCGGCCGGAGCGAUCCGCCGAGUCCUGUGCUCUGCCCUACAAGACCAUCAAGAGUCGCGGUCGCGUGAGUUCGCUGAAGAUCACCAUCUGCGGCGGCGCACAGGAAGUGAAGCAAGAGUCUGAGCCCGUAGUCACGAACGCUCUGGUGGCCCAGCCCGCCGAGCCGUCUGCCUUCACAUUCGUCAAGGACGAGUUCGCUCAUGUCGACGUCUUCGGGACUGGUAGCCUUCUCUCUGACUCGGCGACGCCUCUGGCGACGAACACUGUUCCUUCGUUGCUCUGUACCGCUGGCAACCGAGCCGACUGGACUCUGGGCGAAGGUUCUGCUGCGCACUCCAAGCCUGCUGGGACUCUGCUGAGGGAUCCUUGGACUUGAAGAUCGAAAUCAAGAGGCUCUCCGUCGCGCUCGGGGAACGCGACGACGAGGUCAAGCGGCUGCAGAGCGAGCUGGAAGACCGCGAUGCUGUGAUAAGAGAGCUGGAGCGAGGGCGAGAGAGGGUGGACUUUGCGCGGAGGAUGCAGCUUGCGGGUACGUCUGUGCGCCUCGAACCCCGUCCCAUCUUUCACUGCCGGCACG